CGCGGCCGCGCAGUAGCGGCCAUUUUGUUCGACUUAGGCGAGGCCAAGAAAGAAAAGGGGAAAAGAACCCGAUGGAAUGCCGGGAAAGGAGCAGAGGGCCUGCUGGGAAAUGUAGUUUUUUGCUUCCCUCUCGUAUUCCCCGUUGCUAUGGCUACAGGGAGGCCUAAGAGGACUGCAAGAUGGGGCCUGCGAAGAUAGAAGGAGGAAAAAAGAGGACAAUAAGCCCAGCUCAAGGUGGCAAGGAGGAGCACAGAUCCAGCAAGAAGGCACAAAGGGACAGAAUGACACGAUGGCUACCAAAGGAAUAUAUAAACUAGAUGAUGGGAACUGUUACCCAACUAACUGUUUUCCAGCCAGAAAUCUUUUGCGGCCCAGAUAUGACGAAGGGGUCGGUCACUGGCAGGUGGCACGCCAGACAGCAGAGCAAACCAAGAUUGAACUGCUCUUGGGAAAGAGGCCCACCCGGAUCACAUGGGAGGGGGCAGUGGUGCCAACAGGAGACCUCCGACAUCUGGAUGAGAAAACGCUUGAUGGCGCACAGCUAAUUGCAAUCCACCAUGUGAAAAGCCCUUCAGAUCUGUGCGCGGUGGAUGUCAGCGGCCGGAAUUUUUCUUCGGCGAAAGAAGAGGACUUUGAGCAGUUCACUUCUGUUGCCUAUAUCAGUGCCACAGAAAAUCUGCUGACCCUCGACGUUUUUCGUAAAUUCCCUCAGGUACGAGAACUGGAACUUUCCUUGAAUGGCCUGAGAAGUCUUAAAGUCAAUGCUGGGGACUUCCCUCACUUGGAGAUUUUGGACCUCUCCUACAACAACCUGUCUCCUGAGGAUGUCCAAGUCUUGGGGGUUUUGUCCCACCUUAAAGUUCUCCAUCUUACGGCCAAUGGGCUGAAUUCACUCCCUCUCGACCUGGCUGUCUCUGAAAGUGAGGGUUGCCAGAGAUUCCCAGCAUUGGAAGUCUUGCUCUUGGACGACAACUACCUUUCCCACCCAAAUGUCUUUGUCAGUCUAGCCAACCUGCAAAAAUUGAAGCAGUUAAAUCUGGACAGAAAUGGGAUCAAAGAGGUGCCAUAUCUCCAUCAUGUGGGCAAUUCCUGCUUUUCCAUCCAUCCACUGUCUGCAAAGUCAGGCAUCCGAGAAGGUUUGCGGAGCCGAAGAAAUGCUGGGAAACGGUUCCGUCAGGAUGGACCUCUGAAGCGGAGUGAGAUGCCAGAAUAUAUUGUUUUACAAAACAGCAAGGACCCAGACAGAACAGAGGUUGUCUUUCCAUUCUGGACACCAGAGCCAUCAAUACAGGAGCCUUCUCCUUCCCCAUACCCAGAUCCCAAGGUUUCCAGCGUCAAUGAUGACCCCGAAUUCACUCUUCCCUUGUCAGAGCUGAGGUUUCUCAGCCUUGCUAACAACCAGAUUGAACAUGAGGAGGACCUGUUAGCGGUGGCUCUCUUUCCGUCUCUGACAGAACUGACGUUCUACGGCAACCCUUUCACCACUUCGCGGAGCGGUGAUCCUCCUUUACUCACCAGUUUCCUUCAGAAUAAACUGGGGAUUAAACUGGUUCGGAAGAAGAUUCCCAAAUUGGAGAAGCCACGGCUUUUUAUACCCGUCAAAGCUAACCGGAAGGUGAAAUCACAGUUGCCCAAAGUCCGAAAACGCUCACCGAAGAUAGACUCUCUACUUGAAACCACCUUCUGGCAGCUGUGGACUGGUGCGGACCUAGAUCCCCACAAAUUAAGCCUUGGGCUAUCCCAGCCUCUUCCAUCCAUCAAGUCACUGGAGUAUGACCCCAAUCGACCAAUCCUCCUCACUCUUGCUCCAGAAGAGAGAUCCGCACCUUAUUCUCUGACCAGUUCUUUUACUGAUGAUGAUCUCUCUGCUUUACAGUCCUCAGCCAAUCAGAUACAGUCUGGAAGCAUCUCAGGACCCCUCUCUUCACUAGAUAACAUGCUGUUUCCGCCUAGCAGUGAGGCCCAGUCCUCACCAGAGCAGGGCCAACCUCGGCCUCUUUCGCUGCAUGGAUCACUUUUAGAGAAAGGGGAUCUGGGAGAUCUUCCACCAGGAGAGGAUCAGCCUGAAUCUGGCCCAUCAAUUGAAAAGGAUGUAUCUGAGAGCACUCCACCUACCUUGGCAAGGCAGGAUCAAAUGGAACCCAUUCUACCUCCUCCUUUGCCUCCACAAGAACAGGAUCUGUCUGAAACAGUCCCAACAUCCUUGCUAUGUAUGGCAGAGGAUGCUCUCUCUGCGACUCCCUCACCAUUAACUUGUGAAGAAGAGCAGCUACCAAUGGUUCCACCGCCGAACUCACCUUUGCCAGCAGAGUCUCUUUCAAAGCCCACUCCAUUGAUGGAACCUCCAGCAGAGGAGCAGGGUAUGUCUGAAUCUCCUCCACCAGUUGCAUCUCUCUCAGUGGAAGAGGAUCUGCCCAAGGCUUUCCCACCAAGUGGACCACCCAUGCUAGAAGAUGAUCAGCUGGAAUCUAUCCUACCUGCCAUCUCAAGUCUUAAACAACUGGAUUGGUUAGAAUGUGUCUCACCCAGUGGAUCACUCACAGGUGAUCUCUCUGGGACGCUCUUACCAGGUGCUGCUCCUGUUGGUGAUGAGCAGAUAGAACCAUAUCCCUCACAAAGCUCACUCUCACCAGCCGAAGACCUCUUGGAGCUUGACUCUCUAAUUAAUCUACUCACAGAGGAACCGGAUCUAGCCAAGCUGUUUCCACCUACUGGAUCAGCUCUGGAAGAAAAGGAUCAGCCAGAAUCUGUUCCAUUACCCAGCUCAUUUUUGGAAGAACAGAAAUUUUUGGAACCUGUUCCACCUAGUGGCUCUCUUGGAGGGGAAGAGAACUUGGUGGGGUCUCUUUUACCUGCUGUUGAACACGAUCUUUCAAAGGAACAGGAUCUCUCAGCAUCCCAAAACAUAAACCAGGAGCCUGAACCACAGAUGAGCAGAAUAUCUGUACCACAAGCAGAGGACUUUCAGCCAUCUGCACCAUCCCAACUGCAAAAGAUUUCAUCUGAUUUCCUUCUGGCUUCUCGGUCAUCAUCCAGAGAGCUUUAUCGGUUAUUUGCCGAAGCCCGCUUGGAAGCCAUGCCUAUAGGGCUCAGUGAUGAGUAUCCUAGCGACAUUUUUAGUAUUGACGAAGAAUUUCUGAAGGAAGAGAAGGCGGAUCACUUUUUCAUGACCCAGGUAGAUGAAGAGUCCAGUUCCCACUUGCAGCUUUCUGAGCAGCCGAGGGAAGGAAAGACAAGAAAACCAUGGAUUGUGCCUGAGAAAUACCAGGGUUACGAGGAGCUGCUCGGGGGGGACCCUGGGCCCGAUUUCGUGGAGCCAGUGGGAAUACAGCACAAUGUCCAAGCUCUGGAGAGGGCUCUCCGGUAUCCUCGGGUGUACCGCGAGUCCAAGGCCAGGCUGGAUAGUUUUCAGAAGCCAUACGUGCCAACACCAAAGAAGGUGUUGCGAGUCCCGGCCCGAAAGCCCCAAAAGACCAAAGCAGAGAAGUUGGAAGAAAUCCUUUUGGAAAUGAGAAACCCCACAAACAUCACACAUGUACCCUUAGUGUGCAUUCUGCGGAGGAGGAAGGACAACUGGCGCGAGUAUCGGAAGGCCUUAGAGCUGCUGAAGGAAUUCCAGAAAGAUUACAAAGCUGCCGUGGCUGUCUGCGACCAGGCUGAGAAGGCCAAGUCAGACAGUAAGAAGUAUGUAUCUGUGGACGUGAUGGACCAAAGCCAGAUCCUCAGAAGUCUUCCUGAGGUCCGGGCAAGCAGGCCACAGGUGCAGGAACCCCCGGCAGAAGAUGAACCGUGCAGUGUAGGCACUGAAGAGCUAUCAGUUCUAGAAGACUAGGAACUGUUACUGUCUGAAGAAACACCAGCAAGAGGUGGCCAUAUCUUCUAGAACCUUCUGAUACCCAGGGUGCCCACUUACAUGGUUCUUCCGUGGCUGUUCGAGCCAAAGGAUGAGCGGAGUUUAGUCUCAAUGAUUCAGCGCAGAGGUUGAAAAACAGUAAAGUUAGUGAAGUUUGAAGUGCAAUUUCUGCCUUGUGUGCCUUAAAUCCCUGCUUCAACUAAGGUGAAAUAAACUGAUACAUCAGUUCUAGGCUUCUGGUUUUAAGAAAGGGCUGUCUUAAGGCAUGCUUAUAUUUCCCUUUGACCAGUGUCCUAACAGAAGCAGCUCUGCAGAAUCAAUGGGAGGAAACCAUACUGAGAAACAGCUGUUAAUAAUUGAUCCGGGAAAUAGAAGACGUCAUCUGUUGAGAAGCCAUUAUUGGCAUCCUGAGGCUUCAGCCUUCCAAGCCACCACAUUUUCAGUGCCUUAGGGUAGGACAGUGGUGCCAGCUCUCCCUACCUUUUCGUGGAUUGGGUCUGUUAAGAGAUUUCCCUUUAAAGUUACCUCAAACCUGUGAAGUUGCUGCAGAACUCCUUUUGCUUGGCUGUUGUAUUCUCUCCAGUUAGGGAAUACGCACAGGCUCCUUUCCUUUAAAUGUUAAGCUGUGGGUGUAAACUCAUAAUUAAAUGUUAAUUUUUCAG